AUUGGCGCGGAAGUUGCUCCAGGACAAUCCUUGUACUGUCAAUUAUUUUUUUAAAACUAUUUUCCCCGUAACUCAGAACAACUUUUUCGUGUCCGUUUCUGUUUAAUGACGAAUCCGUUAGUAUUCAGUAUUAGAUACAGUGACUCUGUGUAAUGUAAUGCAUUGUGUUAAUACAGACCGCUAACGAGUCGUUAGCUGUGCAUUGUUUUCUUUCCCUUUUUUGUUUUUGAGCUAGCUUUAACUUUGCCUAGCCUUUAGCUUGUGGCUAGCUAACUGUAAACAGGAAUUGCUAAUUAGCUUUCGCGUGCGACAGAAAACAAAAAGAUAGUAAACGUUUCAGACGUGUAUACUGAAUUGUGUCUCCUUAUACAAAGCGAGUUUUGUUUUUUUUUUGUUUUGGUGGAUGUCUAUGUUUUAACUAGCUAAGGAAACAUAUUGCUAGCUAACUUGAGGGAGUAGGUUACUGCAAAAAAGUUGCUAUUCCUGUUGGUGAGCCGUUCAGCACAUCUGUGUCAGUGCUACAUUUACCUAAAGGAGGGUUAUUCUCUGAUACUAGACGUGGAUUAGUGAACAAAAAACACGCACCAUGCUCGGGGGGUGUGGCAUGAAAGAUAUAGACAAGGCGGCCCUGAGGAAAAACUCAGUGGCACUUUGUAGAGAACUGGUGGUGGACGAGUUGCUCAUUCAGUAUCUGCAGGCUGAAGACAUUCUCACAGAGAGCAUGGCAGAAACCAUUCUGGCAGAGACAACAUCCCAAAGGAGGAGCUGGCGUUUGUUGAUGUUACUCCCGAAACGUGGCCCCCGAGCUUUCAGGACGUUCUGCACGGCUCUUAAAGAGACACAGCAGGAGCACCUCUCCAGCUUGCUUAUUAGGUUCAGAGAGGACUCACCUACACAGAGUGAGAGUGAAAUCUCUUUCACACAGGACAGCUCACCUGCUAAGAAAAGGAAAGACCAGGAGAGGUUUGUAGACCCUAAACUUCCUCUUCCCACUGAGGAGUGUGCAGUGCGUGCUAAAAGAGCUUGCACCCAAGCGUCUAUGGAGAUGUGCUUGGAUGCUGACAGUCCUCUGACUACUGCUGUGCUCUCAUGCACACAGGAGUUCUACCUGUCUCACUGUGCACAGGCCUACCAAAUGACAUCUAGUCCACGUGGUCUUGCACUGGUGCUGAGUAACGUGCACUUCGAGCCUGAAUUAUCAGAGCUGGACACACGGAGAGGGGGAGAGGUAGAUGAGGAGGUGCUGAGGAGACUCUUUACUGAGCUGGACUUCAAAGUGAGCCUUCAAAAAGAUCUCACUCUCCAGGCUAUGCAGGCCUGUAUAGAGCAGUUUGCUCAGCAGCCAGAGCAUGCUGUGUCUGACUGCUGUGUUGUGUGUUUGUUGUCUCAUGGGGUCGAGGGCUCCAUUUACGGUGUUGAUGGGAAGCUGCUUGAAUUGGACUGGGUAUUUGAGAGGUUGGAUAACUCUCGUUGUCCCCUGCUUCAAAACAAGCCAAAAAUGUUCUUCAUUCAGGCCUGUAGAGGAGAGGAGAUGGACUGUGGUGUGGACCAAUUAGAUGGUGAUGAUGCGAUGCAGCCUACAGGCUGUGAACAGAGGGAUGCAGGGAGAGAAGAGAAUCAUGACAGACAGAACGGAGCAAGUGAAAUAAGCGAGGGCGAGCGACUGCGAGUGAAACUUCCCCAGAGAUCUGACAUGAUCUGCGGUUUUGCUACUCUCAAAGGUUUCAGCACUGCUGCAAUGAGGAACACAAAGAAAGGCUCAUGGUUCAUUCAGGAACUCAACACAGCUAUGAGGCAGAGAGCCAGAGACACACACUUAUCAGAUAUAUUGGUGCAGGUGAAUAGCCAAAUUAAGGAGAGGGAAGGCCAUGCUCCAGGUUCAGCACACCAUCGCUGUAAAGAGAUGUCUGAAUUCACCAGUUCACUCUGCAAAGACCUCUACCUCUUUCCCAAGUACUGCCCAAAUAACUAGACAUACAGGCACUCAUGCAGUUCUUUUAAAAGACCAGUCCAACUCUGCAAUAUAUAGGAUUCUGAAAUAAGUAGCAAUAAAUGAUAGCAGGAUCAUUCACUAAAAACACACAGACAUACAACUCUGCCCUGUAAAUAGUAUGUGAUUCUUCUGGGCCAUGACAGUAUCUCAUUCCAGUUUGUUCUUCACUUUAUAUUCAAUUUCAAAUAUACCUACACCCACUGUCCACUUUAAAAGGAACACCUUUAUACUGUACCUUCUCUUUUAUGCAGUUGUCCAAUCAGCCAUAAUGUGACAGCAGCACAGUUCCUAACUCAUUCAGGUACAGGUCAAGAGCUGCAGUUGAUGUUAACAUCCCACACAAGAGUUUCUAGAGUUUCCAUCCUGUGAGCAGAUUGUAGGCUGAAACACCUUGUUGAUGACAGAGAACAGAUGAGAAUAACCAGUCAGGUCUGAGCUGACAGGAAGACUGUAAUGCACUCUGUUUUAUGAUAGCUCAGAUUCCUCUUCUUGGCUGACAGGAGUGGAACCUGGUGUGGUCUCCUGUUCUUGUCGCCCAUCCACAUUAAGGUUUGAUAUUGUGUGAAAUACUGAGAUGCCUUUCUGUUCACCACGGUUGUAAAGAGUGAUUAUUUAGAAACUAUAUCCUUACUGUCAGUUCUAAACAAUUUUCCUUUGAUAUCUCUUAUUAACAAGGUGUUUACACCCACACAACUGUUGCUCUCUUUUUUGUUUGUUUUUGCGUCAUAGUGUAAACUCUAGAGAUUGUUGUUUGUGAAAUUCCCAGGAGAUCAACAGUUUCUGAAAUACUCAAACCAGCCCAUCUAGCACCAACAUCCAUGCCACGGGUAGCCACAGAGAUCACAUUGUUUCUUUAUUCUUUUUCUUUAUACUGAUGUGAACAGUAGCUCUUGAACUGUGUCUGCGUGAUUUUUUGCAUUUUGCUGGUGCCACAUGUUGGAUUGGAUAACCACCAGGAGGAGUUCCUAUUAAAGUGGACAGUGGGUGUGUAUUUUAACAGAGAAAUAGUUUUAUAUGAAUCUAAGUACAUGAGCACAUGAUCAUUUGUAAAUAACCAUAAUUGUUUUAUAUAUGUUAUCUCAAUGUAUUACAAAGCUUAAGCCAAUAUUUUGGACCUUUCUUAUACUGUGUCUUUAUUGGGAUUUGCCUUCAUAUGCAUUAAUCACAAUUUAAUUAAGUAUGGUGUACCCCUUUUUAACAGUUUCAGAUCUAUUUUUGUUAGUUUUCUAGGAAAUAUAUGGACUCUGUACAGUUUUUAUCCUUUUAGCGGGUUUCAUUUAACUUUUUUUUUUAAUUCAGUUUUUUUUUAUAAACGUAUUUUUGCUCAAAUGCUUUUGUGUCAGUUUUCAGGCAGAACCAAUGCCACGGUGAUAAGCGCUUUUUCAGUACCUUCACUCCAUCAGGCUCUUUUCCCCCCUCUUUCCCCUAAACGUUUGAGUCAGUAAAUGCACACUCAUUUGCAGUUCUGUUCUAUUGAUCUGCAGUAUUCCACGCCACAGAUUUUGUGGUGCAGCACGUUGCAGUGUCUCCAUUUCGUUCUGAAAAGUCCUAGACUUGGUCAAUACUUAAAAGCUUUGGAGGAAGCAAAGAGUGUAUUGAUAUCAGUAUCUUUGUAGCAUUAUAUUACUAAAUUAAUUGUCUAUUAAUCAGCUUACAUUCCACCUGUAAAUUUAGUUGUUUCUUUCUGUUCGUCUCUGCCACCAGAGGGCAGUAGAGGUCUAGACGUUGUGGUUAGAGCUACACAAGAUUCAGUGUUUUAUGGUCAGUACAGUAAUCGCCUCAGUCUGCAGAUUUCCCUCACUCAGUUCUGUGAAUAGUGAAGGAGAAAAGCUUUCCAAAGCCUCACAUAAUGCAGCUUUAAUGCACACUUUAUUUUGCACACUUUGGCAUUCCUUCUGAACCAAAUAGCAUGUCUGCCUGUCUCGCUUGAGUCACGACUCCGUAACACAGUUUAACAUUUCAGUUAAACUCUUAUUGUCUAUAUUUCACUCGUCUGUCUCUUUUACAUUAUUCAAUUAUACUGCAUUCAAGCUACUUUGUCAUGGCAGCAUAACUCAUAUAUUUGGUAAUAUUUUAUUGCUUGACUAAACAUUAUCAGAGACAAAUAUUUUCUCUAAUCUGCCUAGCAGACAUCUUUCUGGUGCCUAAUUAAUACUUGUUACACUGGAGAGAAAUGUUUAGAGAGUAACUAACUUCUGUUGAAUUGUACCGAAUUGUGUUUUAGAUUCCUAGAGAUUCAAUGCUCAUUGAUAAUGCCUUCCUUUUGUGCAGGAAGUGCAAAGAAGAAGUACUUUAAUCUAACCCCCAAGUGUUAAAACACAGAGAGAUCACUUUCAGCAUUCCAGUUGAUAAGCUCAGAGCAGAAUUGAUUUCUCGCAUCUGUGAAUGCCGUUAUCUCAUGAUUCAAUUCCAUGCUAGACCAAAUAGAAUUGUGCAGAAUGUUUUGCGUUUUGAUGAUUAUUGAAAAACUGCACUAUUCUAAAAUAAAAUAUGAAAUCCAUCCUCAGUUUAUUAAUGUCUAAACUGUAUAGCAUCUAGACCUUUUUUUCUUUUCUUUUUUUUUUCUCUUUUUUUUUUCUUUUUUUUUUUUUGCUUUACAACGAUCCCCCACAUGUAUUUGAACACAGCAUAUGAUAUUGUCUUGUUCUGGGUCAUAAUCUGUUUGACAGCUCUGUUAUGACCGUUCUGUGGUCUUAUGAACUAUUUAUACACAUUUAUUGUAUGGUGUGUUUUCCUUUCAGUCCCAUUACUGAAAAGAUUUCUUAGUAAACUUUCUCAAUUUUAUGACAUCAGUAAAAUUGUUUUUGUUAUACACUGCCAUCAGUAUAAGUCAGGUACAGUGCUGUGGACAAUGCUGUCAAUAAUUUGUGAUAUUUUUGUAUUUAAAAAAAAGAAAGAACAAAACUGUCUUUGAAUAAAAUUACAUGGUUGAAAAAUA